UUGCCGAGAGCAACAAAAACCACUGGCUCACACUCAAUAACAGAACGGCAGUGGAAGAAGAAGCAGAAGCGCUUGGAAAAUGUUGAGCGGGGAAAAAGAAUAAAAGUUAUCAAUUUGCCUAAAUUGGUUGCCCGUGAAAAAGUGUUUAAUUGGUAGCCCCCCAAAAAAAAACCCAAGGCGGAUACUUGUCAUCCGGCGUGCAGAAGCUAGCUCAUUCGAGAUUUGCAAGCCAUGGAAUGCAGUUCAAGAAGCGGACACCGCCCAAUCACGAUAUGGCUCCACACCUGUCUCGUGGCCAUGUGUUUGGCCCUCACAGGAGGAACACCUACCCCGCAGGAAACACCAGCCUACUUUUAUGUGGGUUGCUAUACGGCGCGAACGGAUCUACUCCAUGAAUCUGUAUACGCCAAAACUCCACAGACCUGCAUCGAAAUCUGCGAGCAUCAGGGACACCUCUAUGCCGUUCUGGCUGCCGAGAAGUGUUUCUGUGCUAAUGUCCUGGAGCAGCAAGAACUGCAGAACGAACAGCUGUGCAACACCCGUUGUCUGGCCAAUAAGGCGCAGUAUUGCGGGGGAGUCGGUGUUCACUCUUAUUACUCCACCACACUGACCAAACAGCCAGCUCCUCAUCAUUUAAGGAUUUCUAACAAAACGGAAAACAGCCUUACUAUCAACUGGGAUGCCUAUGAGGCCAGAAAACUUCUUCUGGCGGGCGGCGCAGAGGCAGUGCUGCCCAACCAAAGGCUGGAUAAUUUUAUUAUACGAGCUGAGGUUUUAAAGACUUACUCCUCUCUGCCCACCUUUCGACAGCCGGAGUUCAUGGUGCAGAGUACGGAAACACAGUUUGAACUGACGGACUUGCAACCUGCUACUCUCUAUAACAUCUCCGUUCAGGCAAUUUGCCGGGAUCCCCAGGCAGGACAGUGCGGGCACGCCUCCAUAGAAGCCAGCACCGAGGUGGGCCAACCGAGUCCCGCUCCCGCACAACCAAAAAUCCUCAGCCGUACCGACCGCACUGUGACCAUAGAGCUAUCGCCUAUUCGGAAUGACAACGGACCGCUGAGUAAACUCCUCAUUAUCGUGGAAAAAUUGGACAACGCUUUAAUCCGGCCAUUUGAUUCGCAGCACUUGGGUAGCUGGCAGCAGGCUCAGCAAGAUGGAGUGCCUUACUAUAUAGCUGCCGAGUUAGAUUACGAUCGGCCGGACGACAAUCGUACCCGCCAUUUUGUGAUCGGCGAUGGCAAUCGAUACGGACGAUUUAACAAUAAACCGCUGGAUCAGCCAAACGCACAUGUCCACAUCAGUCUCGGCUUGGUGAGCACUCUGGAUGGCGUGACCAAGACACUAUAUAGUCGUGGAACCCACGACCAGGACGUAACAUCGCUGGACGACUUCAGCUACGCCACCUUUGAUAAGGGUCAAUCCUCGGUAGUUGCCCUGGCCGUUACCUGCGUAAUUUUUGGCACCUGCCUACUGCUUAGUCUGAUUGCCUACUUCUAUUUGCGCUAUAAAACCUGCCGAGGACGACGUUCAGCUGGGGGCAAUACUCAUGAGAUGACGCUGCAGACGCCAAUAAUCGAAAGGGAGAACAAUGGCUUUCUGGCGGAGGACGAUCCGCUGUCACACUCACCGGAAAACUUUAAGCAGCAAUUGCAGCACUUGGUAGAGGGGUUUGAACGAAUACCGAGGAAUACACUCCGGCUGAAUGUGAACGAUGUAAUUGGGGAGGGACGCUUUGGAGAGAUUAUAACAGGAAAGGUGUCUACCAAUGACUUCUCAAGGGAUUGCACUUUGCAUGUGCUGUGCCUGGAUGAUUUGAACGGAACUACACAGGCACAGUUGAUACGGGAGCUGCGUCAGUUAUCCUACUUGAAGCGCCAGGAACAUUUGCUAGAUUUCUAUGGAGUAUCAUCCAGUCCGGAUUGGUUUUAUCUAAUCUUCGAGCAGCAGCGAGUGAGCCUUAAGAGAAGAUUGGUGGAAAGUCGCCUAAUGUCUCCCUCCCAACGCCUCACUUCCCUAUCUGAGCAGCUAGUGCUGCAAUGGAUCUACGAACUGACCAGUGCAAUGAUCUAUCUAUCCAACUGCCAAGUUGUGCAUCGACAACUUUGUUCGCACAGCGUCUUCGUGACCGGCGAGUCGAAGAUAAAACUGAGUGUCUUCGGACCGCUACAGUAUAUGAACACCAGUCGCCAACAGCCUGAUCAAAGCAGAUGGUUGGCUCCAGAGGUCCUACGUCACCAGCAUCAUCACUCCACCCGCUCCGAUGUCUGGUCACUGGCCUGUGUGGCCUGGGAAUGCUGCGCUUUGGGCGGUACUCCAUAUGCCACGGCCGUGGGCAGUAACCAACAGCUUCUAGAGGCGAUUCGAGCUGCAGUACGUCCCGCACAGCCAGCCUAUGUCUACGGGGAUCUAUACCAGCUGCUGCUCAACUGCUGGCAAGUAGAGCCAAGCGAACGGAGCAGCUGCGAGGACGUGGCCUUCGGAGUACGUCAGCUGAUGACCUCACCGCGGCAUGCCCUCAGCUUCGAUCGAGUGGCGGGCGGAUUAGACACCCUGCCCCCAUACCUGCCGCAGCUGGAAACGAUUGCGAUGAUGGGUUGAGGUGCAACCGGAUAGAAUAAUUAGCUUUACUCAGCGAGAGCCAAUAGUCGCGUACAGUAGAUUUCGGUUAUGAGUCACUUCUGCCAAGAGAAACAUCUCUUAAUUCUGAUUCUAGAUGUGUUUACUUGCAAUUUAUUUGUUAAUGGUGAGAGAAAACCAUUUGUUUUAGCAUUUAUUGACCAAAUUGAUUUAAUAAAAUCGUUGGAUAUGCAUUUAACGAUA